GUGUGAAUGCAUAGCUAGAAGGAACGCGUCUCGUCCGGCGCAUUCAAGUCAGAGAAAAACGGUGGCGUGCACAGGUAGAGAAGGACGGGGCAAGGUGCGCCGUGAUACUAUUUACACCAGAUUGUAGCGAGUGUGAGUCGGCCGCCGUCGACACCGUUGUGUUGCUUCUCAUUUGAGUACGGCGCGGAAGUCUGUGAAUUUGCAACCUGUUGCUCGAAUGGUUCGUUGUUCCUGUAUACGUUGGUCCUGGCACGCGUUAAUGUGUGUUAGCCUUGACGGGCGCCAUCUAACCUGGACACGCACUUGCACGGCGUUUACACGUGGAUCCGUUGAGCCUGAGUCAGGAAAACAUCCUCGAAUUGCGAAGACGUCGAUAUGUGAUCCGCGAUCGAGUGUCAACAGUGCCUAGUAUGUCGACUACGGACGUGUUUCGCUUCGAGCAACCGGGACCAGCCGCUGAGGAGGAACAAGGAAGACUGAGGGCUGAUCUCCAAUACCUCCGGAGGAGGGGACUUCUAAAGGCGUCAGGUGAACUAUCGUGCCAAGGACGUAAAUGCACCAAAUGCAGUACGCCGUUUGGUAGAUUCUACAACACCGGCGCUCCAUGUGCCCGCUGCAGGCACAGAGUUUGCAGACAGUGCUGUAUCGAGGUCAGGCGCCUUGUCGAUAACAAAGACGUCGAAUGGAUCUGUAACGUUUGCUACAAGAUCGCGGAAUUGAGUGCUGCUACAGGAGAUUGGAUAUACGAAACUCCGGUAUGCAAAGGAUCCAUAAACAGGAAAAAUUCUGCGUCUACUGUUGAAAUAUUAAAGCACACUAUUCGACGUGCUUGGACGAUUAACGGUCUACCCACGCGUUGGUCUACGACAAGAACAUCGCCAGAGUUGCGGUUGUACCGAAGUUUACCGACCCGUCGUCAGGAAUACCGGGAAAUUAUCGACAAGAACGAAUUUGUAAAACCUGCAGACGACCAAUCCCUGGACUUAGACCAGAGGGCGCCAGUUACGUGGGAGGCAAUUAAACAAGUUUGGGGCUGUGGUGACUCCACGAAAAACGAUCCGUGCAAGCAUGUAGUGACAGGAAACGAGACGAUUUCGCCAGAAAUAUUUACGGCAAGGUUCGAUAUCAAUGAUCGAAGGACUUCGAAACGUGGCGAAAAAUUGUCGAAUAAACAAGAGGAGGAAGUGCCGUCGUACGAUGCCAUAAAACCAAAAAAACUCGACCGAUUUACCGCAACGAUUGGUUUUAAAACGAAAACUGAAGUGCAAGUGGAAACUUCGAACAACCAGGAACAGAAUUCACUAAGGAUCUCCUUAAUAAAAUCGCCGAAGAUCUUAUCGAAAUUGAUCUCGCCGGAAAUUAAGUUAGCCCAGUCUAAGCAUGGCGAGAGAAAAUCUAGUAUUCCUAUAUUUCGUCGAAGCUCGAAGGAAUUCGAGGACAUUAGGAGCCCUCAAGAGUCACCGAAACGUUCUCUUAUUCCGCAAAGAUACAGAGGAAGCACUGAUGAUCUCCGUCGCAGCCGUGAGGACAUAAGUGUGCCCAGCUUGAUUCCGAAAUUGUUGUCAGGCCGCAGCAAGGAGGAGAAAUUAAAGCGUCAAGAUAGCAAAGACGACAUACGGUCCAACGUGAAGUUCGUUCGCAAGGACUUGAAAGAGGAGACAAAAAGUUCGGUCUUUCAGCCGGGAAGCAAAGAGGACUCUAAACACGGUAUUCGACUAUUCCGGCGGGAUAGCAGCCACGCAGACGUGGGUAGAGAUAGUGUGAAUUUAAAUGCGCACGCCACCGGCGUCACUGCAAAAGGAAAGCAAGCCGGCAGAGAGGAGAAGCAAGAGAGGGCGGAUGAGCGCGUGGGUGUCUCUGCCGUAGUGAGAUCGAGGUCGACAGUGCACGAGCAAAGGACGAAGGUACUGUCUAGAGAGGGCAGAGAGACUGCUGACUGUAAAUCGUCGAGAAACGACGAGGAAUGUCUGCAGCAGAAUGACGGAAUGAAGGCCAAGACAGGAAGCAAAGAAGAGACGAUGCUUGACGUCGUCGCCGCUGAAGAGAAACUACUGCAGGAUCGGGAAGGCAUUAAGAGAGAUGACAAGGGGAAGCUAAUGGAGGUUGAGAAUGCGAAACAGAUGGUGGAACAACAACUGGCAGAAGAUGAUAGAAGUUCAGACUCUAUGAAGGACAGUGUUACUGAUGAAACCGAUGCCACUCACUUUGGUGCGAGUGAACGGAAGAUUGCUGGGGAUCUUGGCCAGGGAAAGAAGUUUGACGAUUUCCAAGUGGUGCGGCGAAAGUUUUCAAAGGAGGAAUUCUCGAACCCCGAUGAAGCAGAUGAUAUUCCAAACAAACGGUGUUCAAGUCAAUUAUCACCAGAAGCAAGUCCAUUGAGUACAAGAUCAUCAAGGUACAGUCCAAGGGAAAGUGAAAGUGAACCAACUCCAGCCCUUUCAAGAAAGGCAGGAGACUCGUGGUCAGCAUCUCAAAGGAUACGAGAUGCCAUUACAAGAACUAGGAGGGAAUCAAAUAGCAGCACCAGAUAUGAGAGCAGCGGUAGCGAGAGUGUGAGAUUCAGUGAGACCGGUUUCCAUGGAUACGCAGAACUGGCAAGGAAAGUGAAGCUUUUCACUGGAAGUGGAAGUGGCGCCGCGACGUCGACGAUCAGAAACGACGAAACCGUGCAACGUGAUAGUGCAACAAGUGCAGGCGAGGAUGAGCCGCACGACGACAAUCAUGGAAGAACGGGUCCUGUUUCUUUCCAGGGAAGAAGCAUAUUACGUAGGAGAAGACAAUUUGAUGCUCAAGGUUCACGGCGAAGAGGACGAUCGCACGCAAGGAACUGCUAUACGGAGGAGCUCCAAAACUUCCAAGCGUUGCACGUGAUUGGUCGUGGCGGUAGACAGCAGAGUCCAACGGGAAUUCAAGGUCAGGAUCAGCUAGCGGUCGAUUAUAGACGGUUGGUCUUUAUCAGUUCGGACUCGUCGUCUGGUCGCGAAGAAGAUGACGCUGACAGCAGCUGCUCCAGCUCUUCUUUUCUGAACGGAAUACCACGCAGUGGCAGUCGCACGCAAUCGUUGGAAGACUGCGAUUGGGAUUACUUCGAGAGUGGAUCCUUGCCUCUACCGACUGGCGUACCGAUUACCAUCGGGACGAACAACAACGGGCAGGAUUGGAACUGUUGUCCUGGACGGGGAUCAACUGCUUGCCAGGCUUGUGGAGGUUCUCGAGGCACGAACGUUCUUCCGGUACCAGUACCAAUUCCAGUUCCGGUCCCCUAUCCGGUACCGGUUCCAGCCGCCCUCUGGACCGGCGAUUUCGCAGUGGCUGCAUCUUCUAUGAUAAGUCGCGGCAACGAUGCUGAUCUUCACGGGACCAGGAUCGAUACAAGAUUCACGGCAGCCUUCGACCCAACGACUUGCACCUUCAGACCCGAUCAAGUGGUAACACCUCUAUUAUACGGUUCGUCUAUCCAAUCAUCGACCAGUUCCGCGACGGAGACGCUUCAGCAGCAACUGUGCAAUCUUCAGAUAAAUCAGGACGAAAAAGAUGACGUGAGCGUCGCGGCGAAGUCCGAGGCCUUUAAACUUGAGGCUAUAUUCGACACUAACGAGACGAAGGCUACCGAUUCCACGAAAGUCCGUGGAAUAUCGAGCCCGUCGAGUGCAGACAAAAGCCAGGAGAACGAUGAACCGAGCAAAACGUCGAAAAAUGAGGAAAUUUCGGGCCAGGAUUCUGGAAGCGUGUCCUUUGAAAGCAGGAGGGGGCAGAGGAUGUUCCAGCGCGACGAUUCUGGCAGCUCAUCGGGACGAUCUUCCGCGGACAGCAGCGACCUAGAUGAGGAUUCGUCUUCCCACAGGUUCUCAAGGGUGUUUGUUGUCAACGAUGACAGUCUGACCAGCGAUAAUGAUAUCGAGGACAACGGGGACGAGGACGACGACUCCGAUUCCGAUGGUAUUACGCUGAAAAGAGUGACAUCCCUGCCAGAAGAGGAGCCCGUGGUUCUGCAGUACGUUAGGUUUCUAAACGAUGAUUCGAAUUUUGAACAUUCGAACCGAAACACAAACAAAGAUAGUUCAGAAGAGGAAACGAAUACCAAGAAAGUCGUUACAGAAGAUGAAAAUACACAAAUGCUGGGAAGAAACGCGAGAAAAUGUGGCAUAAAGACGAAUAGUGAUAAGGUUUCUUCGUUGCUCGAGGAGAUGUACAUUGCCAGUGACAAUGAUUCCUCUGAAAACCAAAUUGAGCUAAAAUCAGUCAAAACGUUGGAUCCAGAUAACAUCGAGUCUCUUAAUCCCGUUGAAACCAUGGCGGCGGAGGAUGGAACUGAUUCCGAAGGAAAGACUUUCGAAAUCGAUGAGAAUACAGAUAAUGAACCGACGUUGUUGUUACCGGAGGUUUGGGAUCCAAACAUAAUUCCAGACUCUCUAGAAAUUGGACAAGAAAUAUCGCAAUUUCCCAAUUCGUCGCCGGUAACUCCGAAUAUAGAGAUAAUGGCCGACGAGCCUGUCGAACAAAGCAAUGAUAAUGCUGGUGUAUUGACCGAUUCGAAUUUCAACUUCAACAUGACUGCAAACACAAGCAUGUGUUCCGGAUCCGAGAGUUUCACAAGUAAUGACACUAACGCGACCGGCAGUGAGGUAAGCAGUGACGAGCUCCACGAGUAUGAAGUGUCGCCAAUCAGCGUUUCUUACGAUGAGACCUUGUUUUCGGCGAUGAAUAGCGAAUUACUGUCGAAACUUGGCGAGAUGAAGGACGCUGGAACGUCGAGAUGGAACUAUGAUACUAGAAAAUGUUUCAAGGACGAGGAAUCGGGCGUUACCACAUCGAAACGAAUUAAUCGGUACGGGAGAUCGAGCGCUGAGCAACAACCGUUGGAUGAUUCGUGUGCCAAAGGCGUUGGAAUCAUGCGUAUCGAGAAUGACUUGACGUCGAUCGCCGAGGAGGAGGAUCAGCCUGCGAUAAGUCACAGCGAAAGAUCGAUGACUCCGGAGAUCAAAGAUGGUGGGAAAGACAACGACCUACCGGAGGCUCGCUGUGGAGUGGAACUGAGCUCAGCGGGCCGAGACGUGGGCGACACGAUAACCGACACGACUCACGAGAUUUUCACGAGCGCAGGUAACACUGCGCAUGACCAGUGUCAGGUGAGAGGCGAGAAUCCUGUUGGCCAUGUGGCGGUGGGGGCUGGAAACGGUGGAUGCGGCGAAGGUGGUGGGAGCAGCGAGGAGGGGGUAUUGACACGGUUUCGCUCAGUCGAGCGACAGCCGUCCAGUCGAAAGGAGAAUGGACUCCGUGCUGCCGCGUCGACGAAGGAUUCCAUCAGUAACGACCAACACUUUCUCUCUACGGUCCGGAAUAAUAAUAAUAUCGGGAGUAAUAAUACCAACAAGCAUAGAAGCCUUGUGAUGAUUACUCAGGAGACCUCCUACCAACCAGUGAGCGUCGUCACGUCGGACACCACGACUCUGUUGCAGCCAGAUGAAGUGCACACGGCCAGUCAGGGCCUGGCUGGAUACUUCCAGCUGGCGUUGGAAGCGGUCGCCGAACAGCCUCACCGUAAAAACGGCCAGGGACACAGGAAACCUCUUAUGGUGAAGAGGCUGACUAGUACGACAAAUCACUAUGAACCGGAAGUGGACAGCGGGUUAAGUGUUAGUAGUGCUAGUGAAAGCGACGACGUGUCAGUGAAAAACUCUGCGAAACUAGUCGGCCGAUUGGGGAACAAUGAGAAAAGUGUUGCGAAAGAGACGCCAUCCAACGAUCAACGCGAAAAUACGCGAACACGUGUUUCCUCGCAGUCCAGCGAUGAUAAUUCAGGCAGCGGUGGAGUUGUGAUUUUGGAGGAAGGGUUAGCCGACGAUGAUUCAUGGGUGGAAGAAGUUUCGCACGACGAGGAUGAACCUGGCGCGAUUACUGCGACAGAAGAGAGUUCAGAGGAUGAGGCGAACAAUCUUGGGGAUCGUGAGGAAGAACUUAGGGGUUAUCACCGGCAGGCUAUCGACUUCACCUUGCACACCAUCGUUGAGGAGUCUUGCGAAGAAAGCGAGGCAGAGCCUAAUCUGGCAACAGGUAGCCCAUCCAAGAAACAAAGACCACCGUCGGCUUCAGAACUGGAAAAAUACUUUUUCUUUGGCCUUGGUGGAGAUGGAAACAACUCGAGCAUGGGUUCACGCGAAGUGGACAGUCUGUCGGAGACAUCCUCCAUUUAUUCCGAAGGUUUGGAGUCGUUGGGUCAGGAUGAAGGAACCGCGCAGGGCCAAGAGAGAUCAAGUUCCGGAGAAGGAUUCUUAAAUUCUUCGAGACUAGAGAAAUACUUCCUAUCAGAGUUCUUGGGUUUCGAUCAAGAUAGACGAGAUUCUGAUGGUUCCGUUGGCAGCGACUCUGAAGGUAGACCCAGCCCGGAAGCCCAAAGGAGGAAGAAAUUGGUCCGGGCUAGAGGUACCGGUAGAUCUCACAGUUCGUCCUUGGACAAUUUGUUGGCUCUCGCGCAGAGCUCGCAAAAUUUAAGCUCGCAAAAUUCUCUUCAAGAUCUGAGUCUGAAUCAGGAUCUACAAGAGAGUCAAUCGGAAGGUUCCUCCACUGAAACUGAUGGAGCAGAUGACGGGCAGACUGCUGCGUUUGGGGCCGAUGGACAAUUCGAUACGGUGAAAAGGAAAAAGAAGAAACCGAGGAAUCUGGGAACGCAAAGUCCACGUGUUCAGGACGACAGAAACAAGACUCCGGAACCCAGUAGAGAAAUGGUUCUGGUAGGAGAAGUAGUAUUGGAGGAUGAAGCGGAAGUGAAUAAUUCUGAAGAUUCGGAGCGGGCGAAAACCCCGCAGCCUGAGUGUGUACUAUCCUCAUCUUCCUUAUCGUUAGCGGCUGCUAAUUCUUUAGCAACAUCUACGCCGCAAUCAGACUCUGUAAUGAGUAUUCAAAUCAUUUCAGGAGAUUCUACCUACAAUGAGAGAUCGAAACAGCAGUCGAGGGACUCGGGCUUUAUUGGUAGCUGCGACGACCUUCUCCAACACCAAAAGAUAUCAGACGAUGUCCAAGCUAACGCAGAAGUGAAUCAAGAAAUUGGCAAAGAUUCUAGCAAAGAAAACGGUGAAAAUAUUCAAGAUGCGGGUAAAACGUCUAGGGAAAAGAAUUUCGUGAUUGACAAAAGUAGCGUGCCUAAAGUCGAUCAUCUCUUGGGCCACACCACACUGCCUCACUUGUCAAACGCUUCUCUGUCGCGGAAAGAUAGCUUUAAUAACUGGUCUAGUGAUGAAGAAACAAACCUAAUGAUGUCCAAAAUGCGGCAGUUUUUCAAGACUAUGGUUGCCAACUCGAACGGACAGAAUCAGAACACUGCCAGUGGACCCUCAAGCGGUGCAUCGCCUGCACCCAGUCCUCGACUACCUGGCUACCCAUCCAAAGUCAAAUUGUGUUCGCAAAAUCGAACGAAACCGCCACAGUUGGUGUAUUUUGAGAAUGAGCUUACAAGGCUGAUGAAAACGGUACCUGGAAUACGUGAUGAUCAAGUGCGGGAAAUAGUGGAGUACCUUAGUUCCGAGGACACGUGGUCCGACUCAUAUGAUAGCUCAGAUUAUACCAGUUCGGAUCUAGAGGGUGCAGCUGGAGGUCGUCGAUCGGCGCUGCAGGAACAGAUUUCUCAAAGUUGCCAGCAGAUUAUCAGUAAAUUCGAUACCACGACGAAUCAAAAUUUGGUGGAUAAAGAAAAAGAGGAUAAAGCUACGACGACUGGUGUGCAACCGAAGUCUCUGGGAAAAGACACCGCUUUUGUGUACCAGAAGCUGGUUCAAAGUUUCACGAAGAUGGCGGGCGACGGCAUAAGUUCCGAUGCCAAUUCGACUCCACACAGUAGUCCACCGUUAAUUGCGAAAGUGAUGCACCAUAUCGGUAGCCGUCUGGUGGCUUUAAUGCAUGAGGUAUCGGAAGGUGGACCCGCCGUUCAGCAUCACUCCACGAGUUGGCGAAGGUACUCGCAACAUCAUCGAACACCAUCUUCAGCAUCUACAACGGAAGACGACGAUUCGACGUCUGAUUCAACAAACGCAACAUCGUCGACGCACUUACAGCUGCCCAGGUCUAAAUCUCACGAUCCUUUAUUACUAAUCAAUAACCAUCCGGCAGCUUCGACGGGACAAGAAGGCGAAGAACGUGAAGCUAGUGAUUACGAACGAUUCUCUUGGCGUGGUAGUUUCGAGUCAGCAUUAAUGGCGGCCGAUUCCCGAACAAAGUUGAGCUUGCUGGCCUGUUCCGGGGAUGUCAGUGUCGGUGCUAAUACCAGUGCUAACGCCUUGGCGAUGGUCGCUAAACGUCGCAGUGCCGGGGAUCUAUUGUUCAAUCCAAAGAGUUUUUCCAGAGAACAGUUGGACAGGGUUAGAAGUUGCGGGUCCAUAGGUGGGGGGACUGGUGGUGCUGCUAGUGGAUGUGGAGGAGCCGUGGAAGAGAGGAUCUGGAGUAAUAGAAGAAGGUCUUCCGUUCCUGACGCUAACACAAAAGGAGAAUCUGGUGAUGAGGAUACCGAAGACGAAUUGGAAUAUAAUGGCGAAUCUCGAGCAACGACGCUACCACGUGGGAUUCAAUCCGCCAUUACGGCAGCGACCAAUUCUUUACCUCGUCUGUCAGCCUCCACAACUCCGGCUGGCUUAACGACCACGUCAGCUACGCCGGUGUCGACGAUGCACAAGGCGCACAGCGUGUAUCAUUUCUUGCCGCAGCAUUCUGCUGUAAAAUCGGCCAGAUAUCGUCCACCCGGUUUCGCGAGGAAUAGCAACGUGGCUGGGGCGAUUGGUGGUCCUAAGCGUGCAGUUAGUGCUCCGGGACUUCAAAUCUCGGGAUCGCAGUCUUCUACUGGGAAACGAGACAAUUCCAGGUCCAGAAGACAGCAUGCCAUGUCUCUCACAUCUGAUGACGGAAGUAGCUUGUCGGAAGCAUGCAGUACCCCGAUCAUUGGUGCAGGAUCUAGAACGGGCUCUGAUCACGCUAUAAUGGACGUAGAUGACAUGGAUCAAGGAUUACACGCCGGAAACCUUCCAACCCGAGCGUCCCUGUCCAGUCUUGGGGCACGUUCAGACUCGAUGGCAUCAGUUUACAGCGGGGCAGGAGAAGGACGCUGCUGUCGUUCAGUCGUCGUCACCGGAGAAGUCGAAUUCGCGUUGCAGUACGAUUACAAACACCUGACCUUCGAAGUGCACGUAACGAAAUGCAAGAAUCUUGCGCCAGUUGAUGUAAAACGCAAACGAUCCGAUCCGUACGUGAAGGUGUAUCUGCUGCCGGACAAGUCAAAGAGCGGCAAACGGAAGACAAAAGUGAAGAAGCACACUCUGAACCCGGAGUUUAAUGAAACGCUGAAGUUUCAUAUGAACCUGAGCGGCCUGGAGACUAGGACACUGUGGCUGACCGUCUGGCACUCAGAUAUGUUUGGACGCAACGAUUUCCUCGGGGAAGUACGAAUGCCCUUGGAGAAUAAAAUUUUCGACGAUCCCACGCCGAAAUGGUACCUGCUUCAGGAAAGAACUGAACCAUUCGACGAUCCGGUCGCAUAUAAAGGUGAGGUGAUCAUCGGCCUGAAAUUCGUGCCCCCAGAUCCCACACAGCAGGAUCGUGAUCGAGAAAUAGGAUGUGAUAGAACAGCAUCCAAGUCUAAGAAAAAUUGGAGUCGUGGAGCAUUACACGUGCUCGUGAAGGAAGCGAGAAACUUGCAAACCAGGGGAAAAAACUCUGGCACUUGUGAUCCUUUUUGUAAAAGUUACUUACUACCUGACAAGGGUCGUUCAGGGAAACAAAAGACUGGAGUAGUUCGCAGAUCUGGUGGUUCACCGGUAUGGAGUCACACUUUCAUCUAUAAGGACGUCAGUAUACAGGAACUGGCUGAACGUGGACUGGAGUUGACUGUCUGGGAUCACGAUCGUAUAGCUAGCAAUGAAUUUCUGGGCGGAGUUCGAUUUAAUCUCGGAACAGGGAAGCAUUAUGGAAAACCAGUAGACUGGAUGGACGCCACAGGUCGUGAGCUCUCACUAUGGCAGAGCAUGCUGGAGAGGCCUAACUUUUGGGUAGAAGGUGCAGUCACAUUGAGGCCAAACCUGCACAACCAUGGAAAAACCAGCAACUCUUAGAUGUUUUAAUGAUUUUCUUCGUACUUAAGCGGCUGAUGUUUUUUUUUCCUGGAGAAACAGCUUCGACUUAGUAGAACUGAAGUGUACAUACGUGGCUGAUUAACAGGCUAUCGAGUGAAUAGCUCCAAAUUUGAACCUCG